AUGGCGGACCAAGACACACCCCGCACUGGCCGCUCAUCCUCAAGCAAAUCAAAACGCUCCAGUAAAGGAAAGAGAUUUUCUAAAGCUGAGAAUGUUUUAGCCUCUCCGAGCCCAAUCUCAUCAGUUGUGGAAGCUUCAGAAAAACAGUCAGUUGAGGCUAAUAUUCAAGAUGAGGUUAAUAUAGCAGCACCAGAGGAAGAGGAUGCACACUUCAAGGACCUGAAGGAGCUGUUUAGAAAGCGUGUGGUGUUGACUGGAGUAUCAGAAGAUUCCUGGACAGAAAAAAAUAACAGAGCUCUGGAUAGGUUCAUCGAAGAUGCAACAAUCAAGAUUCUCAUUAUCUACCCUGACCCUUUUGCUGGCCUAUGUGUGCAGUAUGCCGUACCAUGUCAGGUGGUGGAGCAGCUGGCCUACUUCAUACGUGACGAGGAGGCUGUGAUUAUGGAGGAGACUUUUGAGAGCUGUGUGCAGUUUGGCACAGUGCGGGGAGGGGGUGUGGAGAGCCUGCUGAGGCUAAUGAACGGGGUUCAUGCACCACAAGUUACCCUCAGUACAAACUGGCCAGAGAGCGUCAAGAAUGAUUAUUUAGCACAGAUGCAUCGUUUCAUCACCAAUCUCACAGAUACCAGAUUUAAGCUCAUAGGAAAGACUGUGCUUUACAUCCCUAUGGAGGCCCUACAGCACAGCCCAGAGGAGGCUGCCAAGGACAAAAUGCUAUUGCAACGACUGGAGGUGGUGAUGAUCCAUUGGACACGACAGAUAAAAGAUGUGUUAAAAACACAGGAGACAAUAGCAACUAGAGAGAACGCUGGGCCUCUGGAGGAGAUCACCUUUUGGAGGAGUCGCUUUGAUGAUCUGUUCGGGAUCAGCCAGCAGAUCCAGAAGCCAGGAGUCUGUCACAUUGAAGCCAUACUGCAGCAUUCAAAGUCCUACUAUGUGCCUCCUUUCCUCAGUUUAGCCAACCAGAUUCAGGAUGCCACUUUACAGGUUCAGUCUAAUCUCUUGUUCCUCUCCUUACUGAAAGAACCAUGUGAGGAGCUGGCUCAGCUCAAACCUUGCCAGGUGGCACCCAAGCUAGGCAACAUCAUUAACCUUAUCCGUAUCAUCUGGCUCAACUCUCCAUACUACAACACUCCUGAGAGGAUUACUGUGCUCUUCCGAAAGAUGAGUAAUGAGAUCAUCCGUCUAUGCAGCAAGCAGAUCUCUCUUGAAAGGAUCUUCCAGGGCUAUGUGAUCUCUAGUAAGCAGACUCUUAACAACUGCAUCCAGUGCUGCCUCUCCUGGAAGCAACUCUAUCUACACACCUCCCAGCUUCACCACAAAAAUUCUCCAGAAGGCUGGGUGCUCGAUGCUCUUGGUAUCUUUGCUUUGCUGGAUGCGUUUAUGCAGAGGUGUAAAGAUCUACUCGAGGUGUGUGAGUGUCAGCAGCAGUUUGCCCGUCGUGAGGAGUGUGAGCAGCUGCCAUUGCCUUGCUUUGCAGGGCGUCAGGGGCCAGAGCUCACCAAGAGCCUGCUGGAGAUUGAAGCCACCUUUGACAAGAGUCUGCAGAUGCUAGGCUCUGUGCACAAGGGCAUUCUAGAUGUCAAAAACACCUCCUGGCAUGACGAAUACAGCAGGUUCCGGACAACAGUGAAGGAUCUUGAGGUGGUGAUGCAGAACUUGAUUAACACAGCAUUUGAGACGGUCAGAACCGUGGAAGAAGGAGUUCAGCUGCUUGAUGUUUUCCACUACAUGUCUACUAGAGAGGCCAUUGAGCGGAUCUUGGACAGGAAGGCAGAGCAAGUGUACCGUGUGUUCACUGCAGAGAUGGAGCUGGUGAAUAACGAGCUGAGCCGUAAAGAGUUUUACACUGCUGAACUCAUGCCUCAGCAUGCCGGCCUGGCUCACUGGGCACGAGCCCUACGCAGCCGCAUAGAUAGACCAAAAGAGGUCCUGCAGCGUGCCCAUUUUGUUCCCAAGAACGGGAUUGGGGAGGAAGCCUUUAAGUCCUAUGGGCAGCUGGCACAGACGCUGGAUGAGCUGGUCAGGAGGAUGUUUAGUGAGUGGAGCCAGAGCCUGGACUGCCAAAGCCUCAAGAGACUCGAUCAGCCUCUAAUCAUUCGCUGCAAGGAAAAAACAGGCAUGCUGGAUAUCAACUUUGACAAGGAGCUGUUGAAGAUGUUUCAUGAGAUUCAUUACUGGGAGCGGCUGAAGUUUGAGGUUCCACACUUUGUUUCUGAUGUCUACCAGCGCAAGGAGGACCUGCACACACUAAGGGGAAAUGUGCUGCUACUGGUUAGAGACUACAACAGGAUUAUUGCAUCUCUUUCUUCUGAGGUCUUGGGACUGUUUCAAGAGCGAAUCCGCAUUUUAGAUAAGAAGAUCCAGCCAGGCCUCUCCAAAUUGCUGUGGUCGUCGAAAGGAGUAUCCAGCGUCUUCAUCAGUGACUGCAGACUACACGCCAGCAAGUUGCAGUUAAUAGUGGAUGAGUACAAGACUGCUAACCUGACCAUCUCCAAGCUCUGUGCUGACAUGAGUGAGCUGCGACUGGUGUGCGUGGACGGCAAGACGGUGUACAAAGAUCUGGAGUUCGAACGUGACCAACAGAUGCACCAGCAAAACCAGCUGCUCCGGCUCAAAACCGCUCAUCAAGAUAUCGUCGAUAUUAUGAGCAGAGUCUACGAGACCUUUCGCAGUGAUGGACCUGAGGUGCUGCAGCACUGGGUUACCUACACUGAGAAGGUGGACAGUAUGGUGGAGGAGGCUUUGCGUGUAAAUGUUAAAUGGUCCUUACUGGAGCUCUCUAAAGGGAUCACUGGAGACAGCAAGACUUCCCCCAACCCUCUGUUCAGAGUACAGGUGAUACUGAAACAGGAAACACCAGGGUCUACUGCUCAGGUGCAAUUUUGCCCAACGCUGCACGAGCUGGCACAGAUAGUGAACAGUAUCGGCUCUCAACUCAUCAACACUAUCUCAGGCUUCAAACGGCUGCCUGACCUUCUCACACGCAAGCGCUCCGAAAGGAAACCUGUCCAUAUUAUCAUAGAGCAAGAUGAAGAGAUCUGUAAGAUCCAGGCUGCUAUAGCUGCAGGUAUGACAGCUAAUGCUGCUCACCUUCAGGCCUACCUGACCACCUGGGACAAGUACAGCAAGAUCUGGGAGAUUAAAAAAGACCCCUUUAUACACCGCUACCAGAGCCUCAACUGUGCUGUGUCGUCGUUUAAUGCAGACAUAGCUAGGUAUACAGAGGUGGCCAGUGAUGUGCAGAAGGAGGAGACCAUGCUGAGUGUGCAGUUUGUGCUGCUAGACUGCUCUCCGUUGAAGUUUUCCCUGGUGCAGCACUGUAAUGAGUGGCAGGGCAAGUUCACCCAGCUCCUCAGCCAUAUGGCCAGCACCAAACUCAAUGAGCUGCACUGCUUCAUGCACGACAAUGCACAAAGGAUUUCUCAGCCUCCUCAGACUCUGGUUGAGCUUGGGGAGAGCUUGAAGCUGCUGGAGUCUCUCCAAGGAGAGCUAACUAAGAUCGAGAGCCAGAUUCCUCCCAUCCAUGAACAGUUUGCCAACCUGGAGAAAUAUGAAGUCACUGUGGAUCCUGACGUCCAAGAGAAGCUGGGGGCUUUGAAUGCUGAGUGGGUGUGGUUCCAGCAGGUGUUAAUUGACAGCGACAUCAUGCUAAGGAAUCAUAAGGACAAGUUCAAGAGAGAUCUCAUCUUUUCAGCUGAGGAGUUUAAAAAGAAGAUUCAGACCACCGUUCAAGACUUCAACAGCACAGGUCCUUUUGGCAGUAAUGUGAGCUCAGAGACAGCCCUGGAGCAGAUCUCAUUGCUGCAAGCCAAGCUGCUGACUCUGAGGGAAGAAGAUGGCACAAUACAACAAGGCCUUGGUAUCUUCAACAUUGAGCAGCCCACCUCCGAUGACAUACAGAUCCUGGAGAAGGACCUAGAAUAUCUACAGCAAGUAUGGGAGAUAACUCAUCAGUGGAACAGUCAAUGGAGUGAAUUGAAGGCUGGUCAGUUUGCCUCUCUGCAGACAGAAAACAUGGAGGUCACAGCACAGACCAUGUUCAAAAAACUUCACAAACUUAGCAGAGAGCUUAAGGAUAAACAAUGGGACAUAGUGGAGUCCUCCAAAAACAGGAUCGAGCAAUUCAAAAGAACCAUUCCACUGAUCUCAGACCUGAAGAAUUCAGCCAUGAGAGAGAGGCACUGGAAUGAGAUUAAGCAUGAGGUUCAGCGCUCCUUUGACCAGAACAGUGAAAAUUUCACACUGGAGGAGAUUGUGACACUGGGUUUGGAGCAGCAUGCUGAGCGCAUCUGCGAGAUCUCUGGAGCCGCCAGCAAAGAGCUCUUCAUAGAACAGUCAUUGGAGGGAAUCACUAAGACUUGGGAGGAGAUAUGCUUGGACAUCGCUCCAUACAAAGACAAAGGUCACCACAGACUGAGAGGAACAGAAGAGGUGUUCCAGGCUCUGGAGGAUAACCAGGUCGCUUUGUCCACUAUGAAAGCCUCACGCUUUGUCAGGGCUUUUGAGAAAGAGGUGGACCACUGGGAGCGCUGCCUGUCCCUGAUACUAGAGGUCAUAGAGAUGAUCCUGACUGUUCAGAGACAGUGGAUGUACCUGGAGAACAUCUUUCUGGGGGAGGACAUUCGUAAGCAGCUGCCGCGUGAGUCCGCCGAGUUCGAUAAUAUCAACUCCAGCUGGAAGACCAUCAUGGACAGGCUAAACAAAGACAAGAAUGCUCUGAGAGGAACACACCACCGAGGUCUGUCCGAGAAGCUGUCUGAGAUGAACAGUAAGCUGGAGGAGAUUCAGAAAUCUUUAGACAUGUACUUGGAGACCAAGAGACAAAUCUUCCCACGAUUCUAUUUCCUGUCCAAUGACGACUUGCUGGAAAUACUGGGACAGUCACGCAACCCAGAUGCAGUUCAGCCUCACCUGAAAAAAUGCUUUGACAACAUCAAGAGCCUCCGUAUCAACAAGGUGGGGCUCACCAGUUCUAAGUCUGAAGCCAAUGGCAUGUUCUCUGCCGAUGGCGAGUUUGUGGAGUUUUCUCAUCCUGUUCUUCUUGAGGGGCCAGUAGAGGCCUGGUUGUGUGAUGUGGAAGGGACCAUGCGCUGGACUCUCAAGGACAGUCUGAAGAACUGCCGCAUAGCUCUCAAAAAAAUGAGCGCCAAAAGAGACAAGUGGGUAAAAGACUGGCCAGGACAGAUGCUGAUAACAGCCAGUCAGAUCCAGUGGACCACAGAUGUCACAAAAUCCCUGAUUGCCGGCAAGGAGAGAGCAGACAAAUCUGCACUCAAAUCCAUAAAGAAAAAACAGGUGUCUAUGCUUCAUCGCUACUCUGAUGCCAUAAGAGGAAACCUCUCCAAGAUUAUGCGUCUUAAGAUCGUAGCCUUGGUUACAGUCGAGGUGCACGCCCGAGAUGUCAUUGACAAACUGGCCAAAGCAGGUUGCUGUGAUGUGAACUCUUUUGACUGGCUCUGCCAGCUACGCCUGUACUGGGAUAAGGAGGUGGACGACUGCAUUAUCAGACAGACCAACACUCACUUCCAGUAUGGUUAUGAGUACCUGGGCAACUCUGGCCGCUUAGUCAUCACUCCUCUCACCGACAGGUGCUACAUGACUCUGACCACAGCGUUACAUCUGCACCGUGGUGGCUCACCGAAAGGCCCUGCAGGCACUGGCAAAACAGAGACAGUAAAAGACCUGGGCAAGGCUCUGGGCAUGUACGUCAUUGUGGUCAACUGUUCUGACGGUCUGGAUUUCAAAUCCAUGGGACGCAUGUACUCUGGCCUGGCACAGACUGGUGCAUGGGGAUGUUUCGAUGAAUUUAACCGCAUUAACAUAGAGGUGCUGUCAGUAGUGGCACAGCAGAUCCUGUCCAUCCUCUCAGCUCUGUCUGCAGGAGCCACCAACUUCAUCUUCGAGGGCAGAGACAUCCGACUGGUCUGGUCCUGUGGCAUUUUCAUCACCAUGAACCCUGGCUAUGCUGGUCGGACUGAAUUGCCUGAUAAUCUGAAGUCCAUGUUUAGACCUAUCUCCAUGGUCGUUCCUGAUUCCACCCUGAUUGCAGAGAUCACUUUGUUUGGAGAAGGCUUUAACAAUUGCAAGGUGUUAGCUAAGAAGGUGUUCACGCUCUACAGUUUGGCCAUGCAGCAGUUGUCUAAGCAGGAUCACUAUGACUUCGGCCUCCGUGCACUCACCUCUCUGCUCCGCUACGCCGGCAAGAAGCGCAGAGUCCGCCCAGACAUCGCAGAUGAAGAGAUCCUACUCAUGUCAAUGAAAGAUAUGAACAUUGCUAAGCUGACCUCUGCUGACCUCCCACUGUUUAAUGGGAUUAUCCAGGAUUUGUUUCCUGCUGUGGAGACGCCUACCAUCGACUAUGGCAAGCUGAAAGAAACCAUAGAAGAAGAGCUUCGACGGAUUGGUCUUCAGGUCACUCCCUUCACCCUGACAAAAGUCAUACAGCUGUAUGAAACCAAAAACUCCCGUCAUUCCUCCAUGAUUGUAGGCAAGACAGGAAGUGCCAAGACCGUCACCUGGAGAAUCCUACAGAAUGCUCUAAGUACCAUGCAUCGCAAAGGCGAACCUGGUUUUCACCUUGUUCGUGAGUAUCCUCUGAACCCCAAAGCGGUGAGUCUGGGAGAGCUGUAUGGAGAAUAUGACCUCUCCACCAACGAGUGGACCGAUGGGGUUUUGUCCUCUCUGAUGAGAGCUGCCUGUGCAGAUGAGGGGCCGGAUGAGAAGUGGAUUGUGUUUGACGGGCCCGUCGAUACUUUGUGGAUUGAAAGCAUGAACUCUGUGAUGGACGACAAUAAAGUUCUCACGCUGAUCAAUGGAGAGAGAAUCUCCAUGCCUGAACAGGUGUCUCUGUUGUUUGAGGUGGAGGAUCUAGCAGUGGCAUCACCAGCUACAGUGUCCCGCUGUGGAAUGGUCUACAAUGAUUAUUCUGACCUGGGCUGGAAGCCCUACGUUCAGUCCUGGAUCAACAAGCGGCAGAAGGUUGAGAUGGAGCAUCUGCAACGUCUGUUUGACAAAUAUAUAGAAAAGACUACAAGCUUUAAAAGGACUCACUGUAAGGAGCUUGUACCCAUCACUGAGCUGAAUGGAGUCAUCUCUCUCUGCAGACUCUAUGACUCAUUGGCCAGUCCUGAUAAUGGGGUGAACCCAGCAGAUAGUGAGAACUAUGGUCGAAUGAUAGAGCUCUGGUUCAUCUUCAGCUUGAUCUGGACUGUCUGCGGAUCUGUGGACGAGGAUGGACGCAAGAAGAUGGACAACUUUCUAAGAGAGAUGGAGGGCAACUUUCCUAAUAAGGACACCAUCUACGAAUACUAUGUGGACACUAAAAAUAAAUGUUGGGUAUCAUUCGAGGAGAAGCUGCCCAAGGGCUGGCGCUAUGCCUCCAAUGCUCCAUUCUAUAAGAUCAUAGUUCCAACAGUGGACACAGUGCGCUAUAACUUCCUGGUGAAUUCACUGGUCAGUGGCCAGUAUCCAGUGUUGCUGACCGGUCCUGUGGGGACAGGAAAAACGUCGGUGGCCCAGAGUGUUCUACAGGGGCUAGAUCCAGUCAAAUGGACCACACUUACAAUCAACAUGUCAUCUCAGACUACCUCGAACAAUGUGCAGGCUAUUAUUGAGUCUCGAGUGGAGAAGCGCACAAAAGGUGUUUAUGUACCCAUUGGUGGCAAGAAGAUGUUGACUUUUCUGGAUGAUAUGAACAUGCCAGCGAUGGACGAUUUUGGUUCUCAGCCGCCGUUGGAGCUGCUUCGACUCUGGAUUGACUAUAGCUUCUGGUACGACCGGCAGAAGCAGACUCUAAAGUGUGUUAAGGACAUGUUUCUGCUUGCCUCUAUGGGACCUCCUGGUGGUGGGAGGACUCAAAUAUCAGGUAGACUGCAGAGCCGCUUCAAUCUAAUCAACAUGACUUUUCCAACGGAGUCCCAGAUUAAGCAGAUCUUUGGUACGAUGAUAAACCAGAAGCUGCAGGAGUUUGAUGAGGAAGUGAAGCCCAUUGGAAAUGUUCUGACUCAGGCUACACUAGAACUUUACUAUGCCGUCACUGCUCGCUUCCUGCCCACUCCUGCUAAAAUACACUACCUAUUCAACCUCCGGGACAUAUCCAAGGUGUUUCAAGGUCUGCUGCGAUCUCACAGAGACUUUCACGACACCAAGCAGAGCAUCACGCGGCUGUGGAUCCACGAGUGCUUUAGAGUGUUUUCAGACCGGCUGGUGGAUCAAGCAGAUAUGGAGGCAUUUGUGGGGCUGUUGGCUGAAAAACUCGGCUCUUUGUUUGAUCUCACCUACCACAGCAUUUGUCCCAACAAACAGCCACCUAUAUUUGGGGAUUUCCUGAAGGAGCCACAUGUAUAUGAAGAUCUGCUGGACUUUAAAGCUCUGAAAAGCUUCAUGGAAUCUCAGCUGGAAGACUACAACCUUACACCCGGAGUGGUUCCCAUGAGUCUGGUGCUCUUCAGAGAUGCAAUUGAGCAUGUAACACGGGUGGUGCGUGUGAUUAGUCAGCUCAGAGGAAAUAUGCUUUUGGUGGGGAUUGGAGGAUCUGGCAGGCAAAGCCUUUCUAGAUUGGCAGCCUACAUCUGCGACUACAUGCUCUUUCAGGUGGAGGUCACCAAACAGUACCGCAAGCAGGAGUUCAGAGAGGACAUUAAGAAGCUGUACAGGCUGACUGGAGUGGAGAACAAGCCCACAGUUUUCCUGUUUAAUGACACUCAGAUUGUGGACGAGUCUUUCUUGGAGGACAUCAACAACAUCCUCAGCUCUGGAGAGGUCCCCAACCUCUACAAACCAGAUGAGUUUGAAGAGAUCCAAAGUGCUUUGUCCGAUUCUGCGAGGAAUGACAAUGUGCUGGAGACUCCAGACUCCAUGUUUAAUUACUUGGUAGAACGUGUGAGAAACAACCUUCACAUAGUGCUGUGUAUGAGUCCUGUAGGAGAUCCAUUCAGGAAUCGUAUUCGUCAAUACCCAGCACUGGUGAACUGCACUACUAUAGACUGGUUUUCUGAGUGGCCUCAGGAUGCUCUGCUAGAGGUGGCUGAGCGAUAUCUGGAUGGGCUGGCCCUGGGGAAUAUGGAAGGGAUCCAGACCAAAGUGGCCAGUAUUUUCAUGACCAUGCACCAAUCUGUAGUCCAGCUCUCUCAGAGAAUGAAGCUGGAGCUGAAGAGGCACAACUACGUCACACCCACCAACUACCUGGAACUGGUGUCUGGAUAUAAAAAGUUAUUGGCUGAGAAGCGCACCGACAUUGGCGAGCAGGUAACUAAACUGAGAAACGGUUUGUUCAAGAUUGAUGACACGCGCACCAAAGUGGAGGCCAUGUCGGUGGAGUUGGAGGACGCCAAGAAAAAAGUAGCCGAGUUCCAGAAGCAGUGUGAAGAGUACCUGGUCAUCAUUGUACAGCAGAAGAGAGAAGCUGAUGAACAGCAGAAGGCCGUGAGCGCUCACAGUGAGAAGAUUGGAGCAGAAGAAAUAAAAUGUAAAGAGAUGGCUGAUAAUGCUCAGAGGGAUCUGGAUGAAGCACUGCCUGCUCUAGGGGAGGCCAUGAAGGCUCUGGAGUCCCUGAAUAAAAAGGAUAUGACCGAGAUCAAGUCAUAUGGCCGACCUCCGGCUCUGGUAGAGACUGUGAUGCAGGCAGUCAUGAUCCUGAGAGGAUGUGAACCCACAUGGGCAGAGGCUAAAAGACAGCUUGGUGAAUCAAACUUUAUUAAGCAGCUGGUCCACUUUGAUAAGGACAACAUCUCAGACCGUGUGCUAAAGAAGAUUGGACAGUAUUGCACACAGCCUGACUUCCAACCGGAAAUCAUCGGGAGAGUCUCGCUGGCAGCCAAGUCCCUGUGCAUGUGGGUCAGAGCCAUGGAGGUGUAUGGGCGCAUUUACCGGGUGGUGGAGCCGAAGCGUGCCAGGCUCCACGGGGCCACGACUCAGCUGGCAGAGAAACAGGCUGCACUGGCGGAAGCCCAGGCCAAGCUCCAAGAGGUGGGAGAAAAACUAGAGAAGCUGAAGAAACAGUAUGAUGAGAAGCUGGCUCAGAAGGAGGAAUUGAGGAAAAAGUCUGAGGACAUGGAGCUCAAACUGGACCGGGCUGGCAAACUGGUGUCUGGACUGGCUGGAGAAAGAGAACGCUGGGAAGAGACUGUUAAGGGUCUGGAGAGGGACAUGGGUUACUUGGUGGGAGACUGUCUUUUGGCUGCUGCAUUUCUCUCCUACAUGGGUCCUUUCCUGUCUAAUUACAGAGACGAGCUGCUCACAAACAUCUGGAUGAAACAGUUUAAGGAGCUGGAGGUGCCGUGCUCUCCGAGCUUCAGUUUUGCAGUCUUCCUCUCCAAAGCGACGGCCGUGCGUGACUGGAACAUCCAGGGCCUGCCCUCUGAUGCCUUCUCCACCGAGAACGGAGUGAUUGUCACCCGUGGCAACCGAUGGCCGUUAAUGGUGGACCCUCAAGGGCAAGCGCUAAAGUGGAUUAAGAACAUGGAGUCUAAAAGAGGGUUGAAGGUGAUAGACCUGCAGAUGCCAGAUUUCUUGCGCAUUUUGGAGAAUGCGGUGCAGUUUGGCUCCCCGGUUUUGCUGCAGAAUGUACAGGAGGAACUGGAUCCCUCACUUGCCCCCAUACUAAACAAGUCUCUCACUCAAGUUGGUGGGAGGUUGUUGAUGAGGCUGGGAGAUAAAGAAGUGGAGUACAACCCAGAGUUUCGAUUCUACAUCACUACUAAACUGUCCAAUCCUCACUAUACACCAGAGAUCUCCACCAAGACCACCAUUGUUAACUUUGCUGUUAAAGAACAGGGUCUGGAGGCUCAGCUUCUGGGUAUAGUGGUGCGUAAGGAGCGUCCUGAGCUGGAGGAACAGAAGGACUCUUUGGUGAUCAACAUUGCCUCAGGCAAGAGAAAGCUACAAGAGCUAGAGGAUGAGAUUCUUCGCUUGUUGAAUGAAGCCACUGGCUCUCUGUUGGAUGACGUACAGUUGGUGAACACUCUCCAGACCUCCAAAGUCACAGCCACCGAAGUGUCUGAGCAACUGGAGACCAGCGAGCAGACAGAGAUCAAAAUCGAUACUGCCAGAGAGGCCUAUCGUCCAUGUGCUCAGCGUGCCUCCAUCUUGUUCUUCGUGCUGAAUGACAUGAGCCGCAUAGACCCCAUGUACCAGUUUUCUCUGGAUGCCUACAUAGAGCUGUUCAACCUGAGCAUAGAGAAGAGCCAGCGCAGCCAAAAACUGGAGGAGAGAAUCGUCAACCUGAACAACUACCACACCUACGCAGUCUACAGAUACACCUGUCGGGGCCUGUUUGAGCGCCACAAACUGCUGUUUAGCUUUCAUAUGUGUGCCAAGAUCCUCGAGGUUGCCGGCAAACUUAACAUGGAUGAAUACAAGUUCUUCCUCAGAGGAGGCCUGGUCCUGGAUAAAGAAGGUCAGAUGGAUAACCCGUGCUCUAGUUGGCUGUCGGACUCUAACUGGGACAACAUCACUGAGCUAGACAAGCUGGCUCAUUUUCACGGGCUAAUGGCCUCCUUUGAGCAAUAUCCACGGGACUGGAACGUGUGGUACACCAGCUCAGAGCCAGAAAACUCACCUCUACCUGGGGAAUGGGAGAACGGGUGUAAUGAGUUGCAGAGGAUGUUGAUAGUGCGCUCUCUAAGACAGGACCGUGUCUCAUUCUGCGUCACCUCCUUCAUCAUCAACAGCCUGGGCUCCUGCUUUGUAGAGCCGCCGGUCCUAGACAUGAAGGCCGUGGUAGAUGACUCCACCACUAGGACGCCACUGAUCUUUGUGCUGUCCCCUGGUGUAGACCCAACCACCGCCCUGCUGCAGCUGGCAGAAACAUCAGGCAUGGGCCAACACUUCCAUGCCCUCUCUCUGGGACAGGGUCAGGCCCCCAUUGCCACACGCUUGAUCAAAGAGGGAGUGAAGAACGGUCACUGGGUGUUCUUAGCGAACUGCCACCUGUCUCUGUCCUGGAUGCCUCAGUUGGAUAAGCUGGUGGAGCAGCUACAGGUGGAGGAUCCUCACCCCAACUUCAGACUGUGGCUGAGUUCCUCUCCUCACCCAGACUUCCCCAUCGCUAUUCUUCAGGCUGGUAUUAAAAUGACAACUGAGCCACCCAAGGGAGUCAAGUCGAAUAUGAAGCGCCUGUACCAGCUGGUGACAGAGACGCAGUUUUCUAGAUGCAGACAGCCCGUCGUCUACCGCAAGUUGCUCUUUUCCCUCUGCUUCUUUCACAGCAUUCUGCUCGAGCGCAAGAAGUUCCAGCAGCUGGGCUGGAAUAUCGUCUACAGCUUCAAUGACUCUGACUUUGAGGUGAGUGAGAACUUAAUGAGCCUGUAUUUAGAUGAGUACGAGGAGAUCCCCUGGGAUGCUCUGAAGUACCUCAUUGCCGGCGUCAACUAUGGAGGACACGUUACCGACGACUGGGACCGGCGUCUCCUCAGCACGUACAUCAAUGACUACUUCUGUGAUGGCACCGUCAACACUCCUUUCUUCAAACUGUCCUCCCUGUCUACCUAUUACAUUCCUCGUGAUGGACCGCAGGAUGUGUAUCGUGAAUAUAUCAACAUGCUGCCACCAGUAGAGCACCCGGAGGUGUUUGGCCAGCACCCUAACGCUGACAUUGCCAGUCAGAUCUCUGAAACUCGUACACUUUUCGACACACUUCUUUCACUCCAGCCUCAAGUCACCAGCAGCGCGACUACUGGAGAAGGACCCACUCGUGAGGAUAAGGUAUUAGAACUCUCUGCCGAUGUACGUCAGAAGAUCCCAGAUCAGGUGGACUAUGAAGGCACCUGCAAACUGCUGCAGGAUGAUCCCUCACCUCUUAAUGUAGUACUACUACAGGAGAUACAAAGAUACAACAGUCUGUUACAUACAAUCAGAACAUCUCUGAUAGAGUUGGAGAAGGGCAUUAAAGGUCUUGUUGUGAUGUCCAGUAGUCUGGAGGAGACAUUUCAGUGCAUUUAUGAUGCUCGUGUACCUCCUCUUUGGGAGAAGGCGUAUCCAUCUUUGAAGCCAUUGGCUUCGUGGACGAGGGACCUGUGCCAGCGGGUGGAGCAGUUUGCAUGCUGGGCAGAGAAAGCACACCCUCCUGUUCUCUUCUGGCUCUCUGGCUUCACUUUCCCUACAGGUUUUCUUACAGCCGUACUACAGUUCUCUGCACGUCAGCACAACGUAUCUGUGGACUCACUUUCUUGGGAGUUCAUUGUUUCCACUGUAGACGACAACAACCUGCUCUUCCCUCCCAAGGAUGGUGUGUUUAUACGGGGUCUUUAUCUAGAGGGAGCUGGCUGGGAUAAGAAGAACUCGUGUCUGGUGGAGGCAGAGCCUAUGCAGCUGGUCUGCCCCAUGCCCACUAUUCAUUUUAGACCUGUGGAGAACCGCAAGAAAAUUGCCAAGGGUAUGUACUCGUGUCCCUGCUACUACUUUCCUGUGCGUUCAGGAGGGGCAGGACGUCCUUCGUUUGUAGUGACAGUGGAGCUGAAGUCAGGAUCUGUGCCUUCUGAUCACUGGAUUAAAAGAGGAACAGCACUAUUAAUGAGUCUGGAUAACUAGAGAGGCAACAUGUACACACACACAUUCAUGUUAAAAUGUAGAAUGUGUAAAAACACAAAAUGUUUAUAUUGUUAAAGUUGUUUACCACUGUGAAUACUAUAAGGCUAGUUAUCUAAAUAAAAUUUAAAAUAUAAGGAGUUAUUAAAAAAUAAAA